GGUGUACGACGGGGAGGAGCACGGGCGCUUCAUGGAGAAGCUGGAGGCGCGGAUCCGCAACCACGACCGCGAGAUCGAGAAGAUGUGCAACUUCCACUACCAGGGCUUCGUGGAUUCCAUCACCGAGCUGCUCAAGGUCCGGGGGGAAGCCCAGAAGCUCAAGAACCAAGUGACGGACACCAACCGGAAGCUGCAGAACGAAGGGAAAGAGCUGAUCCUGGCCAUGGAGGAGCUGAGGCAGUGCCGGCUGCAGCAGAGGAACAUCUCGGCCACGGUGGAUAAGCUCACGCUGUGUCUCCCCGUGCUGGAGAUGUACAGCAAGCUGCGGGACCAGAUGAAAUCCAAGAGGCACUACCCGGCCCUGAAGACCCUGGAGCACCUGGAGCACACGUUCCUGCCCCAGGUGAGCCACUACCGCUUCUGCAAGGUGAUGGUGGACAACAUCCCGCUGCUGCGCGAGGAGAUCAAGGAGCUCUCCAUGUCCGACCUCAAGGACUUCCUGGAGAGCAUCCGCAAGCACUCGGACAAGAUCGGCGAGACCGCCAUGAAGCAGGCGCAGCAACAGAGAAACCUGGACAACAUCGUGUCCCAGCAGCCCAGGAUUGGCGGGGGGAAGAAAUCCAAGAAGGAAUUCAGCGCCAGCUCCGAGCUGGAGGUGAAGAACACCAGCCCCAUGUCGGAGCAGGAUUCGGGGAUCCUGGAUGUGGAGGAUGAGGAUGAGGAGGAGGAGGUGCCUGGAGCCCAGGAUUUGGUGGAUUUCUCCCCGGUCUAUCGAUGCCUCCACAUCUACUCCGUCCUGGGAGCCCGGGAGACCUUUGAGAGCUACUACAGGAAGCAGAGGAGAAAACAAGCGCGGCUGGUGCUGCAGCCUCCCUCCAACAUGCACGAAACUUUGGACGGCUACAGGAAGUAUUUCAAUCAAAUUGUAGGGUUCUUCGUGGUGGAGGAUCACAUCCUGCACACCACCCAGGGCCUGGUCAAUCGUGCCUACAUCGAUGAGCUGUGGGAGAUGGCCCUGUCCAAAACCAUCGCCGCCCUGAGGACUCACUCCUCCUACUGCUCCGACCCCGGCCUGGUGUUGGACCUGAAGAACCUCAUCGUGCUCUUCGCCGACACGCUCCAGGGUUACGGCUUCCCGGUGAACCAGCUCUUCGACAUGCUGCUGGAGGUCCAGGAGCAGUACAGCGAGACCCUGCUGAAGAAAUGGGCCGGGCUCUUCAGGAAUAUCCUUGACUCGGAUAACUACAGCCCCAUCCCGGUGGGGAAUGAAGACGUUUAUAAGAAAAUCGUCGGACAGUUCCCAUUCCAGGAUGCUGAACUUGAAAAGCAGCCCUUCCCGAAGAAGUUCCCCUUCUCGGAGUUCGUGCCCAAGGUUUACAGCCAGAUCAAGGAGUUCAUCUACGCCUGCCUCAAGUUCUCCGAGGACCUGCACCUCAGCUCCACGGAAGUCGAUGACAUGAUCAGAAAAUCCACAAAUCUGCUGCUGACCCGGACCCUGAGCAACUGUUUACAGAACGUCAUCAAGAGGAAAAACGUUGGCCUGACAGAGCUGGUUCAGAUCAUCAUCAACACCACGCACCUGGAGAAAUCCUGCAAGUUCCUGGAGGAGUUCAUCACCAACAUCACCAACGUGCUCCCCGAGACCGUGCACACCACCAAGCUCUACGGGACCACCACCUUCAAGGACGCCCGGCACGCCGCCGAGGAGGAGAUCUACACCAACCUCAACCAGAAGAUCGACCAGUUCCUGCAGCUGGCAGACUACGACUGGAUGGCGCCGGAGCCGGGCGGCAGGGCCAGCGAUUACCUGGUGGAUCUCAUCGGCUUCCUGCGCAGCACCUUCGCCGUCUUCACCCACCUCCCGGGGAAGGUGGCGCAGACGGCCUGCAUGUCGGCCUGCAAGCACCUCUCGACGUCGCUGCUGCAGCUGCUGCUGGAGGCCGAGGUGAGGCAGCUGACGCUGGGCGCCCUGCACCAGUUCAACCUGGACGUGGAGGAGUGCGAACAGUUUGCCAGAUCCGGCCCAGUGCCUGGGUUCCAAGGGGACACGCUGCAGUUGGCCUUCAUCGACUUGAGACAACUCCUGGAUCUGUUCAUCCAGUGGGAUUGGUCCACGUAUCUGGCCGACUACGGGCAGCCCACGUGCAAGUACCUCCGUGUGAACCCCACCACGGCCCUCAUCCUGCUGGAAAAGAUGAGGGACACCAGCAGGAAAAACAACGUUUUCGCCCAGUUCCGGAAAAACGAGCGGGACAAGCAGAAGCUGAUCGACACCGUGGCCAAGCAGCUGCGCGGCCUCAUCAACAGCCACCACUCCUGAGGGCCUCGGGAUCUCCUUCCCGCGGCCUGGACUUCGGGAAUCCCGUCGGGAGAGAAGAUUUGUAUUUUUUUAUUCGCCUUGGAAAAUCUCCGCGGAGCCUCCCCGCUCCACCCCGGCGGCAAAACGCUCCCAGUGGAACGAUCCCGGGAAAAGAGGUGGUGGCAGGAGCCUCCUGGAUAAGCUCCUAUUUUCAGGGGUUUAGGAAGUGAUGGGAAUUCUUGGAGCCUGGGAGAAGUUCGCACCCGGACUGGGUUGGUUUGGUUUUUUUUUGUUUUGGUUUGGGUUUUUGUUUUUUGGUCAAAGCCAAAUUGAAGGGAUCAUCCUGCCUUCCUUUUGUUAAUUUAUUCCCUUGGGAAACAGAGAAACCUGGGAAGAGCCAUGGAUUUGGGUUCUCUGGGCAGAGGGCCAUCCUGAGUGUGUCCUGUGGUUUGGAUUUAGGUAGGAAAAAGGGAUUUCCCAGGAUUUUUCCCCUCCUCUUUUCCCCCUCCAUGGGCUGAUUUCCACGUUAGUCUGCAAAUCCCUGGAAUUGCCGCCCUUUCCCGCGUGUCCGUGACCAUCCCUGAGCUCCUCUCCUGGACCUGCCAGGGGCUGUGGGAUCAUGGAGGAGGGUUUGGAGCGGCCUCCUUGAUGAGAUUUGGGAAGGGAAAGCCAAAGGAUAAUCUGGGAAUGUGUCCUGUGGCACCGCUCCGGGGCUGGGCUGCUGCUGGACACAUCCAUGGAUGGGGAUCCAGAGGGGAUGGAUGCUCCGCAGGGAUGGGGGGAAGGCACACUGGGAUCUGUCCAGGAGGGGGUUUUUCCCCUCUCUUUUCCAUGCUGGUGUUCCAUCUUCCCUCUCCUCUUGAUGAUUCCAUAGGGAAAACUUCCCUGGGUCCUCCUGGUUGGAGCUGAACCAGUGGGAAUCUCCUGGACACAUCCAUGGAUGGGGAUCCAGAGGGGAUGGAUGCUCCGCAGGGAUGGGGGGAAGGCACACUGGGAUCUGUCCAGGAGGGGGUUUUUUUCCCUCUCUUUUCCAUGCUGGUGUUCCAUCUUCGCUCUCCUCUUGAUGAUUCCAUAGGGAAAACUUCCUCCUGGUUGGAGCUGGACCAGUGGGAAUCUCCUGGACACAUCCAUGGAUGGGGAUCCAGAGGGGAUGGAUGCUCCGUAAGGAUGGGGGGAAGGCACACUGGGAUCUGUCCAGGAGGGGUUUUUUUCCCUCUCUUUUCCAUGCUGGUGUUCCAUCUUCCCUCUUCUCUUGAUGAUUCCAUAGGGAAAACUUCCUCCUGGUUGGAGCUGGACCAGUGGGAAUCUCCUGGACACAUCCAUGGAUGGGGAUCCAGAGGGGAUGGAUGCUCCACAGGGAUGGGGGAAGGCACACUGGGAUCUGUCCAAGAGGGGUUUUUCCCCUCUCUUUUCCAUGCUGGUGUCCCAUCUUCCCUCUCCUCUUGAUGAUUCCAUAGGGAAAAAUCCCUCCUGGUUGGAGCUGGACCAGUGGGAGUCUCCUGGAGGCAGUGGGAGAUGCCCCAUGGAGUAGCGCUGCUUCGAAGUGCCUGUGGAUAGAAUUCCCGGUCCCAAAGGUUCCCAAAAUUCCUCUGCUCAAACCAGGCGGCCCCCAAUGGGGGAUUUAAUCCCAGGAUUCCAUGGUUCCAUCCAUAGGGAUUUUCACCCUUCACGUCUCAUCACCUUUUUGCCUCUAAUUCCCCACAUUAUCCAGCCACAUUCCCAGACCCUUGAAGGGAAUUCCAAUCUCCCUGGAAGUGCUGCUCCUGUCCCCAUUCCCAACCCUCUGGAUCCAGAGGUUUCAACCUCCAGCAACAUUUUUGGGGGUUGGUUUUCAUUUGGAGAAGGUUCCUUUGGCUCGAUCCCAGAAUUAAACGGGAACACGGUGGGGAAUGACCCCCUGGAGCUCUUGGGCUGUCCCGGCCGUCUCCAGCUACAGGGACCAAGGGAUUCUUUUCAUUAAUAAGAGGGAAAAUUUGUAAUUCCUGGGUUUUGGAGAGGGAUUGAAGUUUCCUUGUGAACUCCUCUUGGAGGGAUACGGAAGAGGGAUGGAGGGAAAAGCAGCAGGUGAAGGAAAGUUGGAGUCAGCGUGGCCAGAAAGGGAUCAGUUUUGGAGACACCUCUGGAAAUGACCCAGAGGGACAAGGGAUGGGAAUUCCGGGAGUGGGAUGGAGAAGGAGCAGAAACCCCGGGACGCAGGGGAGGGAUUUUGUGCUGCCAUCCCGAAAUUCCAUUUUCCCUUCCUGUAUUUCACUCCACGAGGCAUUCCCAGAAAAAAUCCCCGGCAGAGCCGAGGCGAGGCCUCGUUUCAGAUGCUCCAGGCAGCUCCCACCCUUCCCAAAUCCACGCUGGGCUCCCCUUCCCGUCUCCCUCAGCUGUAAUUCCAGCAGCAGCGACCUGGGAUGGGUUCGCUCUCUCCUUCAGGCUCCCCUUGGAGAAACCAGGAUUGGGAUCCUCCAAACCGGCUCCUGGCGCUCGGGAUUUGCUGCUGGGAAAGUCAAAUCCGGCCAAGGGAGGGAUUCAGGGAGUUCCUGAUCUCGGGAGGUCAAGAGCCGGAACCGCAAGUCAGAGCCCGGGAUGAAAAAUGGGAUUUUGGGACUCUGGUCCCAAUUAACUUUUUGUUCCGAGAGAUGCAGCUCCAUCCAAGCAAAAUUAAUCUUUUAAACAGAUUGCUCCAAAAAAAAACCCCCAAAAAACCUGGAAGACAUCCUAAAUCCCCUCUCAGUCUCUUCCUAAUGAUGGGUGUCCUCCGACACGGAUGGAAUUGCUUAGGAGGGAAAAGUCGCUGCAGGGAAUUUAAAAGGAGGGUGGGAAACAGGGGCAGGACCCGAAUCCAAGAUCUCCAGCUUCCCAAAAUAAAUAACGCUGCUCUCGCCCCUCUCUCCGCAUCCGCUGGACGUUCCUUAGUGGAUUUUAUUUUUUAAGAAAAGAAAAUCGGAUUAUACCGUCGUUUUUCCCGGCUCCAGCAAAUAUAUUCCAGCAACAGUGGGAAAAAAAAUUGUACUAAACCCCGAAUUUGGCUUCCCAGGAAGCUUCUUUCCUUCUUCAGGAGUUGUUCAGGCAUUCCAGGAGUUGGGAAUAAUGCUAUAAAAGUUGUCCAAAGUGGGAAUCUGCAGCCCAGCCCAUCCAUAGGAUGUUCUCCCUGAGCCACCAGCACUUGUGAGGUGGGAAAGGAGGGGUUUUCCUGGGAUUUUUUUGGGGGGUGUUCCUGGAGUUCGAGCCAGAUGCUCCCAGUGAUUUUUGCACUUUGUUCCGGAUCCAAUCCCAACUCCCGCUCGGAUGGAGCCGGGAUUGGGGUGGGAUGCUGCUGCUUCGGGGUUGUUUUCUCCCAGAUUGGCUGCUUUGGGGGAGGUGGAAUUCCGAGCAGGAGCUGUGGGAAGGGUCAUGGAGGCCCCAAAUUCCUCGGAAAGUUCUGGAAAGCGAGGCUGGGACGGAGCCGGGCCCGCUCCGGGGGCAUUGCCGCUGUCACAUCCCUCGUGCUGAAGUUUUGGGAUCCGAUUCCAAGCAGAAUCCAAACCCAAAUUCCUCACCCUCGGGUGUCUCCUGCCUCCCGUUAGUUCUGCCUUGGGUUUGGUGGUUUUUUUGGACCUUGGAGGGGUUUGGAGCAUCCAAACACCGUCCCACGCUCUGGCUGGAUUUGUGUCCCAUCCCUGGGUGCCAGAGGAUUUUUGGGAUCUCUAUCCCAUUUCCCUUACUGCUCCGUGGGGCCUGGAGACCCCUCGUAUCCCCCCCCCAGCACAAUUCCGUGUUUAUCGCACUGCUGGCAGCUCCAAGGGAACACAAAUCCCAUAAAUCCAUCCCAAAUGACUCCGGGAUGGUCCCAGCUCCGCCGUCCACUGGGAUCAGCGGGAAGCGACCCGAACACACCGGGAUUGGCCGGGAAUCACUCCAAAAAUUCCAGGAUGGAGUGGGGGGAGCUCAGGGGAGUUUGUUUCACCCCAAAGCUGCUGCUCCCAUCUCCAGCCCCUCCCUUGCCCCCAGGGCUGGAUUUGGGAAGCUUUUCCCGGAGCUGGGAUCCAUCCCCACCUGCAGCUUCCCAAAAAUCCCACGGGCAGCUCUGGAAUCCUGUCCCAUCCAAGCUGCUCCCUGCCUUGGCUCAUCCCUCGGAUUUUGUUUUGCCCCACACUCCCAUCCCACAUCCCAUCCCUGCCGGCUGCCGGGGUUGCCUUUUCCCGUCGAUUUUGGGGUAGAAGGACCUGAUUUUGGGAACCGAGGUGGUGAAAACAGCUUUUUUUGCACAAGUCGUUGCACAAUAAGGGGAAAAAAUUAGCAAAUUAGGUUUAACUUUAAAGGGAAUUUUGUUGUUUUGGUUUUUUGGUUUUUUGUUGGUUUUUUUUUUUCUCAUUUGUUUGUUUUUCCUUAAAACUCGCUAGCAGAGCUACUGAUUCCAAGAGGAGAAGGAGCUGGAAUGGUUGGAGAAAGGACUGCAUGGUUGUUUACAGGUUCAAUUCUGUUAGAAAUUAGCAUGUUGGACAUUUAUCCUGGUGUAAUUCCAAUUAAACAAAUACAGCAUUUAACUGUUUCA